AGUACACCCAGAUCGAAUCGAACGACAUCCAGACACUCGACGAUUAUACAGUCAUUCUCCUCACAUCCCCCAUUAUGGCCACCAUGGAUAAGAUUUUCGCCGGCUACUCCGCCCGCAAAGCCGCUCUCGAAACCGUAACCAGCAACCCUUUCACUCAAGGCAUCGCCUGGAUUGAACGCAGCCUCAUUACGCUCCAUGAAGCUCGCAUUCCCUUGCUCGACGAAGGCUUCCUCCACGGCGAUUUGACCUACGACGUCCCCGCCGUCUGGGACGGGCGCUUCUUCCGCCUGGACGACCAUCUCUCGCGGCUAGAGCUCAGCUGCGCGAAACUACGCAUGAGACUGCCUAUUCCACGGGACGAAAUCAAGAGCAUUCUUGUUGAUAUGGUAAUCCGCAGCGGCCUUCGCGACGCAUACGUCGAGCUGAUCGUCACGCGCGGCCUGCAAGGCAUUCGGGGUAGCAAAGACCCCCUCAGCCUCACAAAUAAUCUGUAUCUAUUCAUCAAGCCGUAUGUCUGGGUGAUGGAGCCCGAGGUGCAGCGGACGGGUGGACAUGCCAUUGUCGCACGCACAGUACGACGUGUUCCACCCGGAGCAAUUGAUCCGACAGUCAAGAAUCUGCAAUGGGGGGAUUUGAUUCGAGGGGCGCUGGAGGCGGCGGAUAGAGAGGCGACAUAUCCAUUCUUGACGGAUGGGGACGCACAUCUUACCGAGGGAUCAGGGUAUAAUAUCGUUCUGGUUAAGGAUGGGGCGAUUUAUACUCCUGAUCGAGGGGUGUUGCAUGGGGUCACGCGUAAGAGUAUUAUAGAGAUUGCGCAGCGGGAGGGAGUUUCGGUUCGCUUGGAACCGACACCAGUUGAGCUGGCUUAUCAGGCUGAUGAGAUUUUCAUGUGCACGACUGCUGGAGGUAUCAUGCCCAUCACAACCCUGGACGGUCGGAGGGUGGGCGACGGGAAGGUUGGCCCGCUGACAAGAAUGAUAUGGGAUAAGUAUUGGGACAUGCAUUAUGACCCAGCUUAUAGCUUCGCUAUCAAGUACAAGGGUUCUUCGGACAGCCGUGCGAAGCUUUGA